AAGUAGCAAUUCAAUCAUCCAAUCUAGAGUUAAUGAACCAACCAAGAGGAUCAUCGCAUUUGCUUUUUGAAAAAGAAUUUGCACUGACCACUAAAGAAAUAAGAGGCAUAAAUGUUAGGAUGGACCAAAUACUCCUAUGAAGAACAACACAAGCCUUCCUGAUGUUAUUCCCUCUUCCCAUCAUCAAUCACAAACUGGUGUUGCUGCUUCUUCUUCUCCGACGCUGGAGAUUGGUGAAAUUUUAGAACUGGUGGAGUUAAAAGAUGACGAACCAGCUUUACUAUCCAAAGCACUUGAGCUAUAUCCCCAGUUAAGGCUCUCUCAUGGGCAACGUACCCGCUCAGUAAUAGCUUUCUCAUACAGAGUGCUGACUGAUAUUUUGGUCAUGUUGGCAACCAAGACACCUCAUGCCAUUACAACGUCAGAGAAGUCGACCUUAGAGAAAAACUUGGGUACUGCAACAUUUUUAGGAUUUGACAAAGGAUGGAUUGAAUCAGUUCGAGACAAAGUUUCUGGCAAUGACAUGUUUGAUGUCACGAAGGUGGAAGAAAAAAUUCAGGAGAUGAAGGAAGAACUAGAGACGCGACAUUAUGUUGGAGCGAGUUCGAAAGCAGAGGGUAGAGUGAGUCUGAAGCAAUUGAUUCUCAGUUGUGGGGUCUGUUGGAAGAUCGCAAGAAAGUAAUAGAGAAGAUGAUGGAGUUUAGGGGGAUAAUAAGU